CUCCGAGAGGAGAGGAGGGGCUUGGCCUAUGAGGGGGUGUCCGAAUGCUGUAGAGAGGACAAGUCUUUCCCCCAGCAUCAGGUAGUUGAGAAUGCGUUUGUCCAAACCACUAGUAGACAUGGAGAUGGCAGACUAUAGCGAGGCCUUGGACCCAGCCUACACCACCCUGGAGUUUGAGAACAUGCAAGUGCUUGCGAUGAGCACAGACUCCUCACCAGCUGAGAGUGCCAGCAUGAAUGCUGCCAACCACUUAGGGGUGGGCACCCUAUGUGCCAUCUGUGGGGACCGGGCCACAGGAAAGCACUACGGAGCCUCCAGCUGUGAUGGAUGCAAGGGGUUCUUCAGACGCAGUGUACGCAAAAACCACAUGUACUCCUGCAGGUUCAACAGACAGUGCAUAGUGGACAAAGACAAGAGAAAUCAGUGCCGGUACUGCAGACUAAAGAAAUGUUUUCGAGCUGGGAUGAAGAAGGAAGCUGUGCAGAAUGAAAGAGACAGGAUUAGCACCAGAAGAUCCAGCUAUGAAGACAGCAGCUUACCCUCCAUAAACGCACUCAUUCAGGCCGAUGUCCUUUCUAGACAGAUCUCAUCACCAGGUCCUAUCAUGAACGGUGACAUCAGAACGAAGAAGGUCGCCACUAUAACCGAUGUUUGCGAGUCAAUGAAACAGCAGCUGCUGGUGCUGGUGGAAUGGGCCAAAUACAUCCCUGCAUUCUGUGACCUCCCCCUGGAUGAUCAGGUGGCUUUACUGAGAGCUCACGCUGGUGAGCAUCUCUUACUAGGAGCUGCCAAACGCUCCAUGCUGUAUAAGGAUAUUUUACUAUUAGGUAAUGAUUAUAUAGUUCCUCGAAACUGCCCUGAAUUGGAGGUGAGCCGUGUGGCUAUAAGGAUCCUUGACGAAUUAGUCCUUCCCUUCCAAGAUCUCCAGAUCGAUGACAAUGAAUAUGCCUGCUUGAAGGCCAUUGUAUUUUUUGAUCCAGAUUCCAAAGGUUUAAGCGACCCAAGCAAGAUCAAACGUAUGCGAUAUCAAGUUCAAGUUAGUUUGGAGGACUACAUCAAUGAUCGUCAGUAUGACUCACGGGGACGGUUCGGCGAGCUGCUUCUCCUGUUGCCGACGCUACAGAGUAUCACCUGGCAAAUGAUCGAGCAAAUCCAGUUUGUUAAAUUGUUUGGGAUGGCGAAGAUAGACAACCUGCUACAAGAGAUGCUUUUAGGAGGUUCAGCUAAUGAAGCUCCUCAUUCCCAUCACUCUUUACACCCACAUCUGGUCCAGGAGCACCUCAGUAGCAAUGUCAUAGUUACCACCAACAUGGCCACUUCGAUUCACAAUGGGCAGAUGUCCACUCCGGAAACUCCAAUCCCAUCUCCCCCCACAGCCUCAGGUUCUGAUCUCUACAAAAUGGCUCCUGGGGUUAUAGCCACAGUUCCCAAGCAGCCAAGCUCUAUCCCUCAAUCUACCAUCACUAAACAAGAGGCCAUCUGA